AUGUGUGCGCUCAAGGUGGAAGUUGAUGGGCCUCGACUCUGCAGACCAUCGGCCGAGUAUCUUUGGGAGCUGUCAGCGAUUCAAUCUACACGCCCGCUUGGCUUCCUCUUCUUCCCUCGGCGCAUCGCUUUCCGUGCCAUACUGCACUUCGGCUCUAGUCCAGAGCCUGUAGCAGGACUGCUGGAUCGUUGUGAAGACCAGUCCAGCAGGACUAUAUUCAUGGGAUCCUGA